UGUCUGUCGGCGCUAAUGCAGCCGGAUCUUCCCUUGCGCCUAGCGUCAUCCACCAUCACCACCACCACCUUCGAUAGACGACACACUCACGCGACGGGCGGCGGUGCCGUGUGUGGUCUGCUCUCUCUCUGAGUUCAGGUCGACAAGCCGCCAGGGCGUGGGCCGGUGGAAGCUUAUACUCGUCAUGACGACAGAAAGAGGGGGCGGCUCGGCGUUGUGGGCUAUCGAACGGGGACGCGGCAGGCCCCGAGACUCCGAACGUGAACCCAAGGCCCGGCGGAGCUUCAUUGAGAGGCCCCACAAUAUGCAUCCGGCCGGUGGUGUGACAAUGCGAAGCAGCACCCGAUCAUUUCCAGCGAAGCUGUCCACCUUUUUUUGGCCUUUGGUCUCCUGUCGUCGCACGCUUCUCGGCAUCAUCAUUGGGGCCGGCAGAGCCACCUUCCCCUCCCCUCUCUCGAGGGCGCCCCCCCUUUCAUCGGGGCUACGAGUCCCCAUUCAUCGGGUGAUGAGGUUCCCGUCCACCGGAGCGCCAUUUUUGGCAGCUCGGGCGACAGACGGGCAUGGCGUUUAAGCUCUCGAUGUUGGAGGGGCAUGAUGGAGAGUAUAAAUUCUGGCGGCCUCGCCUGCGUCUAUGAUGCUUUGGCGCUUCCUGGAGCUCUCGCUCUUGUUCAUCGAAUACCGUCUGGAAAUCAUUAACCCAGGAAGAGAAAGACUUCGCCAAACAACCUAAAAAGCACUGACACCGACAUAUCGCAUCAACGCCACCAUGACUUCUGCUCAGAUCCCCACGGAGCAAUGGGCGCAGGUGGUGGAAAAGACUGGCGGCCCCGUCGUCUACAAAAAGAUCCCCGUCCAAAAGCCGGGCCCGGACGAGGUCCUCAUCAACGUAAAGUACUCUGGCGUCUGCCACACUGACCUCCACGCCAUGAUGGGCGACUGGCCGCUCGACACGAAGCUGCCCCUCGUCGGCGGCCACGAGGGCGCCGGCGUCGUGGUGGCCCGCGGCGAGCUCGUCACCGAGGUCGAGCUCGGCGAGCCCGUCGGCAUCAAGUGGCUCAACGGCUCGUGCCUCAACUGCACCUACUGCAACCAGUCGGACGAGCCGCUCUGCGGCAAGGCCCUGCUCUCGGGGUAUACGGUCGACGGCUCGUUCCAGCAGUACGCCAUCGCCAAGGCGGCGCACGUCGCCCACAUCCCCAGGGAGUGCGACCUCGAGGCCAUCGCGCCGAUCCUCUGCGCCGGCAUCACCGUCUACAAGGGCCUGAAGGAGUCGGGCGCCAAGCCCGGGCAGUCCGUGGCCAUCGUCGGGGCCGGCGGCGGCCUCGGCAGCAUCGCCAUCCAGUACGCCAAGGCCAUGGGCCUCGACGCCAUCGCCAUCGACGGGGGCAACGAGAAGCGCGACCUGUGCACGAGCCUGGGCGCCAGCGCCUAUGUCGACUUCCAAACCACAAAGGACCUCGUCGCCGACGUGCGGGCCGCGACUGCCGACGGCCUGGGCCCUCACGCCGCUCUCCUCGUCGCCGUCCAGGAGAAGCCCUUCCAGCAGGCCACCGAGUACGUUCGCUCACGCGGCGUCGUCGUCUGCAUCGGCCUGCCCGCCAACGCCAUGUUCCGCGCCCCCGUCUUCGACACCGUCAUCCGCAUGAUCAACAUCAAGGGCAGCUACGUCGGCAACCGCAUCGACACCGCCGAGGCCAUCGAGUUCUACCGCAAGGGCCUCAUCAAGGUCCCCUACAAGACCAUCGGCCUGAGCAAGCUGCAAGACAUUUACAAGCUAAUGGCCGAGGGUAAGGUUGUCGGCCGCUACGUCGUCGACACCAGUAAAUAGACUUUUUUGAUUGACGACAGCAUGGCGCUAUUUGGUUACUUUCUCUACUCUAUGUUACGGACGUGUAGUUGAGCGCGGUGCUUGGGAGACGAGAAGGCGGUGAGAU